AUGUCACAUUUCUUUAACAAAAAUAAUAAAAUUGACCAUUCAUUUUUAAAUAAUUUUAAAGGAAUGCCUUUUAACCCUCCCAAUUUGAACAAUCACAAAAUGGAUAUUUUUAUGGCCGCCUCGAUAGGCAAUUAUUCUCUAGUUGAGGAAUACAUCCUCAACAAUAAAGCAUCUGUAAACUACAAAAACAAAAAUGGUUGGACUGCACUUAUGUAUAGUGCUCAGGCAGGCAAUAUUGAUGUUUGUAAGCUUCUUUUGAUGAGUGGUGCUAUUCCUGAAGAAUCGAAUUUUGCUGGAAAAACUCCAAUUGACUUGGCUGCCAAUUGGGGGCAUCCAUCUGUGAUGUCCUUGUUUAAAGAAGAAGGGGAAACACAAACUUAA